AUGCGACCCGUGCGGCAAAAGAAGAGAUCAUUCGGGAGCGACAAAAACGAAAUCAUCCGAAAGGAAGUGGACAAGUUGCUCAAUGCCGGAUCUGAACAAGGCGUGCCCGAAAGAUCCCUACCCGUUGCCUCGGAUCGACGUCAUGGUGGAUUCUACAGCAGGUUACGAGAUGUUCUCGAUGAUGGAUGCGUACCAGGGGAGCCACAUACCAGCGCCCUGGUUAAUAAGAUGUUCGGGGACCUGCUCGGGAAAACGAUGGAAGUGUACGUGGAUGACAUGCUCGUAAAGAGCAAGAGGUCGCAGGAUCACCUCGCGGAUCUCGCCCAGGCAUUCGCUAUCAUGAGAUCAUACGGGAUGAAACUCAAUCCAGACAAAUGCACAUUCGGAGUAGGAGGAGGUAAGUUUUUAGGAUAUAUGGUCAGCGAACGGGGGAUCGAAGCUAACCCGGAAAAAAUUCAAGCCAUCAUGAAUCUGCGAUCUCCGACCACGAUAAAAGAGGUUCAGAAGUUGACAGGGAAAAUCACCUCCCUCGGCAGGUUUAUUUCGCGAUCAGCAGACAAAAGUCUCCCCUUUUUCAGGGUUUUGAGGAAGCCCAAAAACUUCGAAUGGAAUGAGGAGUGUGAGAAGGCGUUGCAAGAGCUGAAGGAGUACCUGACAACCCCUCCCCUAUUGGCAAACCCGAAAGAGGGUGAAGAACUGUUCCUUUACCUGGGCGUAUCGGAGCAUGCGGUCAGUUCGGUGCUAGUAAGAGAAGAGGGAGGCCAACAGAAUCCCAUCUAUUACGUGAGUAAAAUGCUCCAAGGAGCCGAGUUAAGAUACACGGAGAUGGAGAAGUUAGCGCUCGCGCUGGUGGUCACCGCUCGAAAGCUACGACCAUACUUCCAAUCGCACAGGGUGAUCAUGCUAACGAAUUACCCCCUGAAGCACGUAAUGUCGCGACCCGAAGCGUCAGGUCGACUGAUCAAGUGGACGGUAGAGUUGGGGCAAUAUGACAUAGAGUAUCGACCUAGGACGGCCCAAAAAGCGCAAAUACUAGCAGACUUUGUGAUAGAACUAGCAAGUGAUCCCAAUUUACCCAUAGUCGUCGAGGAGCGAACCUCCAAAUGGAUGCUGCACGUAGAUGGAGCCUCGAACGCCAACAGUGGAGGGGCAGGAGUAUGGAUACAGGGACCGAAGGGAGUCGAGAUCGAGGCAGCUGUUCGUCUGGCUUUCCCCGUCACCAACAAUGAAGCUGAGUACGAAGCGCUCAUACUGGGACUAGAGCUUGCCUUCCAGGCGGGUGCCAAAGAUUUGGAGGUGUUCACGGACUCUCAGCUAAUCGCGCUGCAGAUCGAAGGAACAUAUGAGACGAGGGAGAAAACCAUGACAUCUUACAAAGAGAUCGCUCAGCAGUGGAUGAGAAAAUUUGACAGAUGUUCGGUUUUGCAGGUUCCUAGAGCAGAAAACGACAAGGCGGAUGCCUUAUCCAAAUUUGGGGCCACCAUGGAUGGAAUUGGAGAUCGCAAGAUUGCUGCUCUGGUUCGAGCGCAACCGAGCAUCGCAGGCGGGGCAGAGGUUCAGACGGUCGCAGAACCCGAAUCAUGGAAGGACGAGAUUGCCAAAUAUCUUGAAGACGGCACCCUGCCCGUUGAUCCCAUUGCCGCUAAGAGAGUCAAAUUCCGAGCCACCCCAUUCACCAUGUUAUCAGGACAGCUCUAUAAACGAACAGUUGAUGGACCCCUCCUGAAGUGCUUAGACGAGGAGAGAUUCAUGUCAUGCGAGAGAUUCAUGAAGGGAGCUGCGGUAACCACUCUGGAGCGAGGUCGUUGGCGCAGAAGAUAA